GUGGCGCGAGGGGGAGAGCGGGGCGGGCGCAGCACAUGAUUAUGUGCCAUUUGAGGAGACAGGUCGCCCGCUUCAAUCUUGCGAUCUCGAGCGUCCAAGGCAACCAAGUCCGUCAGAAAUAAAAGUGCAUCAUAAGUGCACAAGGGCGGCGGUCUCUUUGACCCGCUGACGCGCUAAAGGAAACAAAGCGCACGACGCGUGCUUGAUGAAGGCACCUGCCAAAAUCUCAUCUCGUCCUUCUUCAUCGACGACGACGACAACGACGGCGGCCGCGGUGCUUGACCGGUCUCCAGUGAAGCAUGCCCUCUUCUUCGGCAUCAUCCUCAAGAGGGGCAGGACCAUCGAGGCAUCGCGAUGCGCCGUACUCGACACAAGGAAGCUCGCGAGCCAAUGGCGGCGCGGCGAGGAACGGGGCCCUAGCUCGCGCGCGUGCCGGUGAGGAGACCGACAGCGGCAGCGAUACCGUCCCUUCCAAGCAGACGGCGGAGCAGAAGAGAUUGUUGCGGCGCAGAUAUCGAGCUCUCAUCGCAAGGGCUGAAGACAUCAAGGGAAACAUCACCGACCACAAGCCGGGAGAUCUGGCGACGCUGCUCAACAAUGGCGCGAGCCUCUACAAGAAUGUCACCGGUCCCACUGAGGCCGUUCUUGACUCCAGGCUCCUCCUUGAUGCGUCAGAGGCGGGAGCGAGGAUGGCGCAGAACAUUAAAAUUGACAAUUCGUUCGAUGUGGAAGAGUACCUUGACCGCGUCGCUCAGUUCAUGGGUGGGCAGACGAGGCCAGUGGGCGCUCGUGAUGAUGAGCCAGGCGACUUGGAUGAGCAUCCAGAGCUAGAUGCUGGGACCUGGGACUGGGAGAAGCUGGGGAGAGUGGCUGCUAGUCAUUCGCGAAGAGCGCCUGUCCUAGGCUUUCUUCUUGGCCCUCUUGAGAUACAAGCAAAGGAGCGAGCACCAAUCCAGCGCAAGCCCAGAGAAGUUGUCGGACCUGCCGUGGCGCCCCAAGAGCUCAAGGAGGACGACAUCAUCCAGUCCGAGAAUGAAACGACGAAGCUGGUUGUCGAGGUGGCCAAAAUUCUUGAGGCGCAGGAUGGGUGCAAGGCGAAUCUGUUUAAGUUCGUCAUUGACCCAACGAGCUUUGGCAAUACCGUCGAGAACCUCUUCUACGUUAGCUUCCUUGUACGCGAUGCCAGGGUGUCGCUCGAAGACGACGAGGACGGAGAGCCGAUCCUCACGGCCGUCUCGCCGCCCGAGGAAGAACAGUACCGGUCCGGACUCAAGAAGCGGCAGCUCGUCUUCCCCUUUGACAAAGAGACCUGGAGUUCACUCAUCAAAUUGUACGACAUCAAAGAAGCCAUGAUCCCGCCUCGCCAGGCGCCUGCGACGCACCGUGCCCCUAGAAAUGGUUGGUAUGGAUAGAUAUCUGAGGCGUUCUCCCAUCCUCCUGUACCUUAAUGUGCUUUUAAUACCCUGAGGUCCUACUCGACAAGCUGUCUAUAAUGACGAGACGAUGACGAGAAGUUGCAGGCCGGCCAGCCAAACCCUCUUUUAGACUAGUAAGGUUUUCC